CUGGAGUGGAACUACAAUCACUAAGUACGCCUACAGGAUGAUACACGCAGUGCUCAUAUUCAACACUUCCGGUGUGCCACGUCUGACGAAGUUCUAUACGCCGCUCCGGACCCCUGCACAGUCUCUUGUCAACAAGAUCUUCUCGCUCAUUUCUUCUCGCCCUGCGUCCCUCUGUAACUUUCUCGAUACCCCAGAACUCAAUGCGCUGCUUGGGGAUAGAAUAGGAGAUGAAGUACGGGUGGUGUAUCGGUGCUAUGCGACGCUAUACUUUGUCUUUGUUGUGGACACUUCAGAGAGCGAGUUAGGUAUCCUGGAUUUAAUACAGGUAUUUGUCGAAUCACUGGAUAAGGCCUUUGAGAACGUCUGCGAACUCGACUUGGUAUUCCACUUCGACGAUGUACACCACAUCCUUGCAGAGGUAAUCCAAGGCGGCCUGGUACUAGAGACGAACGUCGAUGAAAUCGGUGAAGCAAUUCACGCGUCGUCGCAGGCCCGUAAGCAGGCCUUCCAGUCUGCGAACCCGCUUGCUCUGGGAUCCGGCUCAGGUCCACGUAGCUCGUCCCUGCAAACGCCGAUUGGCUGGUUAACAAACCGUCUCACGGGCGUCGGUGCUCGUUAGUGUUUUCCGAUUUCCACCGGUAAUCUACGUUCAGCACACAUUGCAAUUUAAUUGCUACAAUCGCACAUGAUACUCGCACUGUACUAUAUCGGAUUCUUUUCGUUAUCCUCUUCUUUUUUUCGAGAUCCAGCAUGUAUUUGUGUCGUAGAGAUAUCUACUGUGUCUCGGUGUCAAUUGGUAGAUAUCACUCCGACAUGCAGUUCAUGUGGACGCGCGAAC